UGCCCCACGCUGCGUAUGACACACUCGCGCAACGUCCUGGUUGUGUACGUUAUGACGUUUAGUGUUUCCUUCUGGCUCGCCGUUUUUGCCGUCGCUGCGGACUCUGCCUCGAUUCUCCCCGCAUCAGAUGGCGAUCAGUUCCUGACGGGCUCAGCUCAGCCAAUCACAGCCUCACUGGGUGAUGACGUUGUCCUCCCCUGUCUUCUGAGUUCUGGGCGUGACGCGCGGUUGCUAACAUUUGAAUGGUCGCGGUUGGACGUCGAGCCGGACCCCUCGGACCCUCUGCGCCGGGUCUAUUAUGUGUAUCUCCGCCGUGGCGGCGCGGAGCUCACGGACAUGAAGCUGGCGUCGUACAACGACAGAGCGUCUGCUUUCGAGGCCGAACUUACACGCGGGAACUUGUCACUUAGCAUCAGAAACGUGACGUACACAGAUCGUGGAAUGUACCGAUGCUUUGUACCCAGCCUGAGAAGCCAUGUAAUCAUCCAGCUCGUUGUUGUUCCUGCUUCUCCUACAACUUGGACGACGGCUCCAUCGCUGGUACCCAGAAACUUUCACACUCCAGAUUCUGGAGACAUCAACAACAAUAAUGAUGAUCAUAAAAAUCCCAUUACCUGGAUUCUGUCUGCCACUUUUGUAGUGUUGCUUUCUGUCUCAGUUGCCAUAUUUAUUGUUGUGCAACAAUGGCGAAAAAAAGAGGCAACUAAAGGUGAACCAAAUCAUUUGGAUGUCGACCAAAGCAGAGCCCUCACUGAGUAGAUGCCAUCGCUCAAGCAAAAGACAGUGGACUCUAACGAGUCACAUGGUGAUUGAAAAUGUGACUCCUUACCUGGAACUUUGGACGAGGAUGGACUGAUGAGGACAAACAACAGACGCCUUUCAAAAAUAGAUGGACUUUGAUGAACUUUAGGCAAAAUCUUCAGGCAAAACUCUUAACAACCACGCUAUAACCAUGGAGAAUCUACAGGGGUCAGCAACCUUUAUGAAACUGAGCGCUACUUCAAGGGUACUUAGGAAUAUGAAGAGCUACUUGUUUGAUACAGACUUGUAUCAAACAAGCACAUCAUACCAACUUGACUAUCACUGCAGGUGUAACUGAUCCAAAAAGCACAGUAACAGUACAGUUGUUAACCCUCUGGUUGACUAGUUUUAUUUUUAGAAGGUCGUCCAUAGGGGGUUCUAGGUGACCCCGUGCACCACGUUGGUGACCCCGAUUUAUAGAAUCUAUAAUGCCUUUGCACCCCCUGGUGGCUGGUUGCAAAUUAAUGAGUCAACUACUGACUUUAUUUAAUGAAAAUAUAUUUAUUUUUAAAUGAUGUACUGCGGGACAGACAUAGAGAUUUACAGUGACCUCGGCAGAUUAUAUGUAUUUUAUCAGUUUAAGGAAAAGUCACCAUUUUAGACUAAA